AUGGCCGACGUCGCGCCGCCCUUGGCGCGUGAACUGAUCCUGCUCCGUGCUCAGGCUUCGGCGGGCACCUGUCCGGCGCGUUUUUUCUUCUUCGGUGCCGGGGAAGACGACGAAGCCUGCGACCUCAACGGCGCCCUGCUUGGCGACGUAAAGGCGGCAAAAAGGCAAACUAGCGCGGCGGAAGAGAGAGUGCUGGUAGCUGCCGCGGCGUUGGCGGAGAUGUGUCACGCUGAAUUCCCCGAUGCCCAGGGCCUGGGUGAGUAA